AUGGACCUGAUGAUCUGUGGCAUGUGCGGCGUCCAGUACGACACGCGUUGCAUGGUGUCGUGUGCCGUCUGCGAUGAUCCACGCCAAUAUGUGCCUCCAGAGGGACAAACCUGGACCACCCUCCGCGACCUCCAGCGGAGCAGGAAAUACAGCAAUGUCUUCCGCAAAGACGCAUUCCAUUCCGGCGUCAUCUCCAUCUUCACCCAGCCCCAGGUCGCAAUCGGGCAACGCGCGUUCCUCCUCUGCAGUCCCAAGGGAAACAUCCUCUGGGACUGCGUCACGUACAUCGACGACGAGACCAUCGCCCGCAUCGCGGAACUGGGCGGCGUGCAGGCCAUCGUCAUCUCCCACCCGCACUACUAUUCCACCUCGCUGCACUGGGCCGAGGCCUUGGGGUGCAAGGUGUACAUCUCCGCCGAGGACGAGGAGUGGGUGAUGCGCAAGGGCGGGGCGAUGGCGUUCUGGAGCGAGAAGCGGAUGGAGCUGCUUGACGGGGAGUUCGUGGCCGUGAAAGUCGGCGGGCAUUUCCCGGGCAGUUCGGUGUUGUUUUGGCCACGCGAGAGGAAGUUGUUCAUUGCGGACUCGAUCACGGCCGUUCCUAGUGGUGUUUAUCACGUCGAUAGGCCGGCGAACACGGUUAGUUUUGCGUUCAUGUGGUCGUAUCCGAACAUGAUCCCUCUACCUCCGGAUGAGGUUCAUCAUAUCUGGAAGGCCGUUGCCGAUCUGGACUUUGCAGACACGCACGGCGCCUUCUGGGGCAGAGAUACACGGGGCAAUAGCAAGAAGCGCGUGCUGGAGAGUGCGCAGUUGGUCGUUAGGGCUAUGGGGUAUCCGGACCAUUCUAUCCACCGGGAAUGUAUGUAG